AUGUCACCAAGAUCUAUAAUACUAUCUGUAGUGGCUACGGCAGCUGUUACUAUUGGAUUAGUAGAGGCGUUCCAUUGCUAUGAAAGAAAGAAAAUACAUCCCCAACCUCCCAAAGAGACUCCUGCCAAACGAGACCAUUCAGAAGAAUUGAUUCGAGAACAGUUAGCCCGUAAUUAUGCCUUUCUUACUGAAGACGGUAUGGACAAGGUGCGUAAACAACGAGUUGUAGUUGUUGGAGCUGGUGGUGUAGGUUCAUGGGUCGCCACCAUGUUGGCAAGAUCGGGUGUUGAAAGCUUGCGUAUUAUUGAUUUUGACCAAGUGUCGUUGAGCUCAUUGAAUAGACAUGCAGUUGCAACAUUAAAGGAUGUGGGAAUCCCUAAGGUCGAGUGCAUCAAGAACCAUUUAUUGGAGAUUGCCCCUUGGAUAGAGAUAGAUACACGCAAUCAAUUGUGGAAUCUAGAGCUGGCAGAGGAGUUGAUUUAUGGCGACGAUUUUCAGCCAACAUUUAUCGUUGAUUGUAUUGAUAAUUUAGACACAAAGUGUGACUUGUUGGCGUACUGCCACGAAAAGAAAUUGCCAAUAGUAUCUUCAGGAGGAGCAGCCACAAAGCUGGACCCUACGAGAAUUAAUCUAGCUGAUAUCUCCAAAACCGAAGAAGACCCGUUAAUGAAGAAAAUUAGAGUGGUUCUCAAAAAGCGUGGUAUUAUUAAUGGUAUACCUGUUGUGUUUUCAGCAGAGAAGCCCGACCCAAGAAAGGCCAAAUUGUUGCCGUUACCCGAUGACGAGUUUACCAAAGGAAAUGUUGAUCAAUUGUCAGCACUAAAGGAUUUCCGUGUGAGAAUCUUGCCGGUUUUGGGUACAAUGCCUGGUAUAUUUGGGUUGGCUAUUGCUACAUAUAUUUUAAGUACAGUCGCAGGGUAUCCCAUGGAGCCAGUUGAAGGUAAGAACAGGUACAAGAUAUACGACGACUUGUUGCAAAGUCUUGCGGGACAACAAACUAGAAUAGGCAAGACUGACCAACGUGUACAGAUAGCCAUGCAUGAGGUUAAUUAUAUUUUGGAGGAAGUUUUCCGUGGGAAAUCGCCGAUUUCGAAUUACUCUACACGGUUGACAUUAUCGCGAUGGGACCCCAGUAAAGAAAUAUCGUUGCAGAAUGUUGUUGUCAUGACUAAAGACGAACAAAGAAAUCACGAAAAGAGGGUUCUCAAUGGUGGUGAAAAGAUUGAAGAUGUGUAUCUGAAAGAAGUGGUUGAUUUGGUGAAAUCAAGAUUUGAAGAUGAAAAGUACUUUUCUCAGUUUAGAUAA